AUGUAUCGUAUGGCUCAGACGGGAGAACAGUCAGGAACUGACGCUCGGUUGCUGAUGCUGAGGAUGGAGCCGAGUAUCUGCCUUGUCUUGAAGCUGAUGAUGUGCCUAGCAGCAUAUGUUCGUUUAGAUGCACAGGAUUUUACGCUUGCUUCAGAAGCCGUGUGCAGCCUUACGGAAAACGCGGCGGGCUCAAACGCUGGGGGAGAAGUUCGGUCGCUCUUGGCCGAGCCUCGAACCGCUCCUGCGGUGGCGCAGGGCGGGCGGCGUAGUGCCUCAGCGGUCACUUCCAAUGGUUGUAUUAUAUUAAAACGCUUCAGAGAACCAAAGCAUGAAAGACGUCCUUGGAGGAUAUGGUUUUUAGAUACUUCCAAGCAAGCCAUAGGGAUGUUGUUCAUCCACUUCGCAAAUGUGUAUCUGUCAGACCUUACAGAAGAAGACCCUUGUUCGCUGUACCUUAUAAACUUCUUGUUGGAUGCCACAUUAGGAAUGCUGUUAAUCUACGCUGGGAUACGGGCAGUCAGCAGCAUUGUGGAAUGGCAGCAGUGGGAGUCCCUUCGCUUUGGUGAAUAUGGUGACCCACUGCAGUGCAGUGCUUGGGUGGGCCAGUGUGCUCUGUACAUAAUGAUCAUGACGUUUGAGAAAACUGUCAUCAUUAUAGUGCUUCUAAUACCUCAGUGGAAAGAGGUAGCAUUAUUGAAUCCUAUAGAGAAUCCCCAGUUGGAGCUGGCUAUCGUCAUGCUGAUAGUUCCCUUCUUUGUUAAUGCAUUAAUGUUCUGGGUAGUAGAUAACUUUCUUAUGAAGAAAGGGAAGACAAAAGCUAAACUUGAAGAAAAGGAAGCAGGACAAGAUUCAAGAAAUGGAAGUAAAGUCCGAUACAGAAGAGCAGCAUCGCAUGAAGAAUCGGAGUCAGAAAUCCUCAUUUCGGCAGACGACGAGAUGGAGGAAUCGGACGCUGAAGAGGACCUACGCAGAUUGACCAACUUAAAGCCCAUUAAGAAAAAGAAGCAUCGUUUCGGUCUGCCUGUAUGACGCAUUCCCCGACCUGUGUAUUUGCAGGCGUCGUGGCGAAAACUUCUCAGUCAGUGGGUUUUAAUGUUGCAAUUGCAUCUCCCUUUUCAUACAGACUGACUCAAAAACAAGGUCUCCCAACAGAAUGCAAACAGUUGGAAGAUUUCCAGUUCAGUUGCACUACAGACACACUGACCGGUUAUGCAAGAAUGUCUUUUCAUCAUGGGUGAAAACACAGUGUUGCUAAGGACUAGUCACUAACGUGAUUUGUAUCUGACCUUUCGGGGAAGAUCAAAGAAAACAGCUACAGGAAUCUUUCAUGUAUGGUUUCUGAAUGAUACAGUUUAAGAUGUUCUCAAAAAGGCAUCAGAAUCAACUAAGUUAAAGGAGUAUGUUUUGCUACUAAAACUGGCUUUUGCAGCAUAAUUCCUAGAGCAGAAUAGUUUAUGGUUACAAGCUGUAACUUAAUGUUAUUUUUUUAAGUACAAAAUGUUUACUUGCUACAAGGUACCUAUGGAACUAAUAGGUGGAACAAAGAUUUUUUUCCAGGUCUCCUCAAACCUAUUUGACUAUUUUAUAUUUAAGUUAUAUUUUCAUACAGUUGUAUUUAAAGAUUCUCUUUGUCGGAGAAAAGGGUGCAGUUACCUUUUUUGUGCAGGAAAGGGCGAAAGAUUUGUCGUGAGAAUCUUAUUUAUCCUUGUCUCCUGGUUUAAGACAAAGGGAUUGCAAAGGGAAAGGCUCUCUGUCACUGCUGAAGUCACCAAAUAUCACUAAAAAUGCAGUCCUGCGUGUGCUUUUGAACACAUAAUUUAAAAAUACCUUUUUUAAUAGGAGGUGUUAUUUGCAUAUUUGACAAACAUGCACUUUAGUGUAUAACAAAGCAUCUGCUGUGAUAUAGGUUGCUUAUUUGUGAAAUGAAUAUCUAGGGAUGGCUUCAGUUACUUAUGUUGCUGAAGAACCUGCACGUCUCUCGUGCUUACCUCUCAAACGAUCCAGAAGAGAUGGAACGUUUCUUCUGCUUUUCGUUAGGUAGGGCCUGCCAUACAGGACCUUGAUCUGAUUGGAGCAGUUGUGCUACGAUAUUGCAAAUAAUUCUGUCCCUGCUUGUUUUUUGUUGAAACAGCAGUCUUCUAUUCAGUAUGUGCUUUUUUUUUUUAACCCCCCUCCAGAAAAACUGUAUUUCUCAUGUUGAGUUUCCUUAAAAGUCUGAUUAACCCGUAGCGUAAAAAAACUGAGAGGUAUAAUACAGUUGUUACUUUGUCUGCUGCAGAAUUUCUGCAGCUUUCAGUGUCUUUGUCUGAUAGUUGAAAACGUGCUGAUCUUAAACCUUGCAGGCAUGUUUUCGGUGACAUCCUUUUGCGUGUUUUCUAAACGGCAGUUACUCUUUCUGACAGCUUUCCUCGCUUAGUAAAACCUUGUGUAGGACAAGGCAACGUGUCAAAGAGGUGACAACAGAAAUUAAUUGCAAGUCUGUUGUAGUAUCCGGACAUCGGAAAUGUUCCAAGCCUUAAACCAAACAGUUUCCUGAGAAAACUGCUCAGAACUUUUUAAGAUUUUUUACAUUUUUUUAUAGAUUUACUAGGUCUUAACGUGGUAUGUUAUCCAGGCCACUUGAAUGGGGUUCUUGGGCCUUAGUAAAUAGUGAACUGCGCGCUCCCUUGCUUGUUGUCACUGUUCCGGCACUCCUUUUCACCGCGCGGCCGCCCAGGGGAACGUAGCGCUCGGAGACUUCGGGUACGCCUCGGUGCGUCCAGCUGACUGAACGGGACGUUUUACCAAACCUGACCUUUGAGAGUUGAGUUGAGCCACUGACCUCUGUUACUGUGCACUGAAACGUCAUAACUGCAAUAAGCUUAAAUACUAGCGUUUCUUUUAGACUGAAUCGACAAACUAACGACAGUGGAUGCUUAACUGAGGUAUUCUGAAAUGGGGGGGAUGGCGGCAGGGGAGUGGGGAAAUGUCCCCAAUCAGUGUUGCCUUUGUUUUAGUCAUUUUGUGGGGUUUUUUUCUUUUUUCAUUGAUUGUGUGACUUGCAUCUUCAGUAUUUACCAUUGGGCAGGCUCAUAUCUCCGAAAGCACAGUACUUCAAGGAAUUCAUCUUCAUUGACAGACUAGUCUCAUACAGCUCACCGUUCCAAAGGGAUUGAAGGGACUUGCUCUUGUCACAAAUGGCAGUGUCUAGUUUUUUCUUUUUCUUUCUUCCUCCCACCCCCAGCACAGGAUUUGUUCUAUUUCAGAGAGUGAAGUCCAACUCGCGCGUGCCGCACGCCACGGCACAGCCGCUGCUGUCCGCGUCAGCCACCCAGAGGUAACUGAGCAGCGCGCACAAAUUUAACUGCACAAGCUUUCCUUUUAUCUUCCUUUUCCCUCCUCUUCUCCAGUUACUUAGAUUGUGAAAAUGAUUUCUAUUUCUAGUCUCAUGUUUGGUCUGUGAAACGUCAGUGUAAAAUUAUGGCCUUAAUCGUGUAACAUGUUUGUUUUGAGCAGACCUCAAACCUAUUGACCAAGUACAAAAGUGUAUAGAGCACUAAGGAGCAGUUUCUUGAAGAUGGUUAUAGCGAAGGUGUAAGAAUGGCUAAUUUUUCCUGUCUUAAGUGCUUAAAUAUCACUUGAUUUCAGAUUUGAAUAAGCCUAGCAAGAUGACAUAUACAAGCAGUAUGAGCCAAAAAGACAGAAGUAUUCUAAAUACCACAGUAAUAACAGGAGGAGCAUAUCCCCGCAGGGGAGAAAACAACUCUCUCUUCUAGGACAAACACUUUAUUUUCAGCUUUAACCAAAUAACAAAAGCUGUUGGGGUUUGUUUUUUUUUUUUCCCCUAUUCAGUUUUUUUUCUUAUGUGAAAAAGACGUGGAAAAUGUAAAAUUGGCAGCUUGCCUCUUUGGAACGUCAAAAUCCGACGUGGGGUGAAUGUCGGAACCGCUGCAGGAGGUACAAGGUUGCCCGCUUUUGUCUGAAGCGCUUGUAUGUCGGAGAAGGAAACGUGUGCCUAGUGCUUUACUAUGUCUUACUGCUCAGUGAAAGAUAUUGGCAGUGCAGUCUGAAAUAAAUUUUUUCAUGAGGAGUUGAUCUGGUAAUAAUAUUACGACAUGGUGACGUGUGUGUUAUCCUCACGUUGGCGCUCGAAGUUAACGGCUGGCAAAAGUGCUUCAAGACAACUCCAUUGCAAAGGUUUAAUUCAGGCUGUGCUUAAAAAGUGAUUCAGUCGUUUAAUGAAAACAAGCUACGUUGUGUACCCCAAAGUAAGAGAAAGGGAUUGUAACGUACCGAAGAGAUACAGAAAUAUUGGUGGAGAUCGAGUUUUCCAUGAAUGGUCAACCUACAUGUUUUAACUGGUUCUGGUAUCUGGCCUGUGGCACAUCUGCAUAAAUUUGAAGACACCAGUGUUGUCUAAUAUGUGGUUUUCGAGUUUCAGCUUUAAUUCGUUCAGGUCCCCUUGUCUGUCUUUACGUAGGUGAAAUGCUGUAUAUUA